AUGGAAGAAUUUGAUCGAUUUUUUCCAUUAGGAAUUGCAAACAAGAAAUCUCUCGUUACCAGCAGUUUCUUCAUGUCAUUUUCUUCCGAUGAAAUUAAAACUAUCGCUUGGAGAUUCUUUCUUAUAAUAUUUCCAAAUACAGAUAAGGAAAUUCUCAAAAAAGAAGAGUGGAUUGGGAUCCUCAACUCUCAAAGAGAAUUCUACACUCAAUUUAUAAACUUACAAUUGGCUGAACCAACUAAGGAAAUUAAAGACUCUUUUUACGAAUCUGCCGCAGAAAAUCUACUAUUUAUGAAUCCUAAAAAGACUGUAAAUAGGAAUCAAAUGAGCGAAAUGAAACAAAUGUUUAAUUUGCUUAUUCAUUCGAAUUCUAACAAAGAUAUCAUUAAAAAUACGGGAUACACACUAUCAAGAAUAUAUUAUACAUACAGAAAUACAUGCAAAGCCAACGAUGAUACUUUAAUAGGGAAAUUAUUAGAUGAAAAAUACCUUUUCCAAGAUAUUUAUGCAUCAAUGAAAUCAUUAAACCUGAUGUUAGCACCAUAUCUCGAUCCAUCUAAUAAAUAUGUUAGAAAUUCAGCAUAUGCUUCUCUUAUUCAACAAUUAAAGGAAGAUUGUCCCACUGCUACUUCAUUCCCUUCAGAAUCAAAGAUGCAGGAUAUAUUAGAAAUGUAUCACAAACUAUUUUGCGUAAAUCCAAAACAUACAGAGAAUUUUAACGAUUUACUCACAGUAAUAUUCUCUAAUUUCCCUGAUUCAUCGAUAUUUAACCUAAUUUACUCAAAUUUGUUCGUUUCUGGAGACUUAAAUUUCACAAAUACAAAAAUUCCUGGUAUGAUACGUCCAUUAGGCGUUAAUCUCCAUAUCAUACAGAUGUAUACCUUUGAAGAACUUAUUGCUUCACUCGGAAUUAUCUCUAAAACGAUUCAAAAUCUUAUAGAAGAAAAUGAUUCUCCAGAACUUAGAAAAAUUGCAAAAUAUCAACUUUCCUUAUUCAGCAAAGUUAUACAGGGAGAAAUAAAUAUGGACGAGAUCGUCCCACUUCAUGUUUGUUUAGAUCAAAUACAGAAUUAA